AUGCAUUUCCAAAACUUCAUUUUUUAUUUUGCUCUUUUCCUUUCCCUCUCACAAGCAACAAAUCCAAAGAUCCCUCGCCAAUCCAUCAUCCAACAAUUCAAUCCCCUCCGUUUGGCCUCGAGUGACAACACCCCUAUCCAAGUCGGCAACGGCGACUUCGCUUUUGGCGCGGAUGUCACGGGUUUGCAGACCUUUUACCCGUUUGGGACGUUGAGUAGUUGGGGGUGGCAUAACUUUUCGUUGCCGACCGAGCAGGGGGAGAGUAGUGUUGAGAGUUUUAGGGGGGUGGAUUGGUGAGUUUUUGGGUUUUAUUUAAUUUCAAUUUUUUUUGAGGGGGAAUUUGAGGUUGUGAGGAUAGGAUCUGGUGGUGUUAUGGAAAAAAGAAGUCUGGAAGGGAGAGAAUAGGAUGAAACUGAUGAUUUUGAAUCUAGGUGGACUCAUGGACGAUUGGUAAAUUACGCACAACCUAAUCCUUCACAACCGAAGAUUUCGAAUUGGUUGAUACAGAAUCCUCAGAGGAUUAACCUUGGACGAAUAGGUUUCUAUUUCGGUGACAAUGUCAAUAUCACAGAAUCCCAACUAGAAUCCAAGACUCAAACUUUGGAUCUAUAUUCUGGAACUAUUAUCUCCUCAUUCGUCCUCCUUGGACAAAAGGUCUCUGUGGAAACGACUGCGGAUCCGGAUUCUUCAACACUUGGAGUGAAGGUAGAGAGUGAGCUGGUGAAGAUGGGGAAGAUAGGAGUGUUUUUCGAUUUUCCAUACCCGGAUGUUUUGAAAUUCGAUGCUCCGUUUGUGGGAGUUUGGAAUAAUGUCUCUUUACAUACUACUUCCCUACGACAAGCUGGAGAUUCAGCACAGAUAAGACAUGAUAUUGAUGCCACUACUUAUUUUACUCAUAUCCAAUGGUCAUCAUGCUCUGCUUCAAUUUCUGGACCCAUACCUGGAACCCAUAGCUACGUACUUCAAGCAAAAGAGGAUGAGAGUGCGGAUGGGAAGUUGGAUUUGACAGUUAACUACACACCCCGAAUCGAAGAUGCUUCCGACCAAACAGCAAGCGAGAUCUCCCAAAAAUCCAAGAAAUGGUGGGAAAACUACUGGCAAACCGGCGCUUUCAUCUCGCUCCCCACCUCAAUCCCCGACGCAAAAGAACUAAUGAGGCGAACGAUCCUAAGUCAAUACCUCCUCGCCGUCAACAGCGCAGGCCAAGACCCACCGCAGGAAUCAGGAUUAGUGAAUAACGGCUGGUACGGCAAAUUCCAUUUAGAGAUGACACCCUGGCAUCUCGUGCAUUGGAAUCUUUGGGGCAAGUUGGAAUUGUUGAGUCGUUCGGUUCCGGGGGUUUAUGAAAGGCUUUUGGAGAGUUCGAAGGAGAGGGCCAGGAACCAGGGGUAUGGAGGCGCGAAAUGGGGGAAGAUGAGUGAUCCGGGUGGGAGGAGUGCGCCGGGGGAGAUUAAUAGUUUGGUGAUUUGGCAGCAGCCGCAUCCGAUGUAUUUUGCGGAGUUGGAGUGGAGGAGUGUUGGAGAUGGUGUGUUGGGGAAGUGGGAUGGGAUUUUAAGCGAGACGGCGGAGUAUAUGGUUAGUUCUGCGUGGUGGAAUGUGACAACUGGUAAGUUCCUAUAUUAUCAUGCCUUCUCACCUUCUCCUUACAUACGCUCAAAGUCAUUUCAUGUCACAUAUUGAUUGAGCAAAAGGCGUCUACGAUCUCGGUCCCCCCAUGUAUCCAGUCUCCGAAAACACAAACCCAAACAGCACAAUCAACCCGGUCUUCGAACUCUCCUACUGGCGCUUCGGCCUACGCAUCGCCUCAACCUGGAAAACCCGCCAAAACCUCCCCAUCCCCUCCUCCUGGACCCACGUCCUCGAAAACCUCGCACCGCUCCCAAUAACCAACGGCACAUACCCCAUCUACGAAAACACCCCUCUCAUGUGGAUCGACCCAAUAACAUACACCGACCACCCCGCCAUGAUCGGGAUCUACGGCCUCCUCCCGCCAACCCCCGAUCUCAACCUGACCAUCAUCCAGAACACAGCCGAUAAAAUCGAGCAGAUCUGGGAUUUUGAGAACUUGUACGGCUGGGAUUUCCCCAUGCUGGCGAUGAAUGCUGUGAGGCUGGGACGGAAGGAGAAAGCGAUUAGGUAUUUGUUAGAUGACAAUUUUGCGUUUGAUGAUGUGGGUAUGCCGAUUGGGGGACCGAGGGUGGCGACUCCGUAUUUUCCGGGCAGUGGGGGGUUGCUUUGGGCGAUGGGGAUGGUUGCUGGGGGGUGGGAGGGGGUUGAGGGACAGCAGUUUCCUGAGGCGUGGGAGUUGGGUGUUGAGGGGUUUGGGAAGGUUAUGUGA